AUGGCACUCCCUCACUCGAAUGUCGUUCAAGAAUUCCCACCCGAGUGGAAUGUGGCACUGGACACGGAAUCGGAAACUCCACGCAACAAAACCAGCCAUGUCCGUGAGCAUGACGAGCAAACCACAACAGAGAGCAUCAAGGCACCGUCGGACAAUGCCUCGACAGAAAAACCACCACUGUCGCGAGUGGACACAUCAGCCACGCUGACAGACGAGGAAGUGCCGCUGGAGAUUGUUGGAAGCACCAAUAUUUACGAUGGCGACGGCAAGAUCCGGUUGAUUCCAACGCCUUCUCCCAAUCCAAAAGAUCCUUUGAACUUGCCCAACUGGCGUAAAUACGCUGCCAUCGGCGCCCUAUGUUUCUUCGGCAGUCUGUCCAUGUGUGCCGACUUCGUCGUCGGCGGGCUGUUGCCCGUUUUCUUGCUCGAGUACUCGGGGGUCGACCCGCGGCCGAUCUUGAAGCAUGCUGACAUGAAGGGCAACCCCAGCCCCAUGGCGUUGAUCCCACCCGGCGUCCAGCCCGUCAGCCUCUACGAGGUCACACUCCUGUCUACGCUGCCGUCAUUGACCAACUGCGCCGCUAGUUUCUUGCUGGUGCCGCUGUCGCUCGCCAUCGGGCGUCGCCCUGUGCUGCUGGUCACGGCCAUGUUCUCAUGGAUUGGCGGGUUCUUGGCCGCCUACAGCCAGUCCCUCAAGGAGCACUUGGCGGCGCGUGUCAUCCACGGUUUGGGGUCGGCGACUGUCGAAGCUCUACUGCCGCUCGUGAUGCAGGACAUGGUCUUUAUCCACCAGCGCAACCGCGCCAUUGCGGCCAUCAUGGCGUGCCAGGGCCCCAUGAUGACCAUCUUUGGCAUGCUGAGCCCGUACAUUGCGGUGGAGCACUCCUGGCGUUGGAUUUACUUGAUCACGUCGUCCGUGGGCGUCCUGGCGUGGGUGCUCCUGAUUGCGUUUGUGCCCGAGACGCGCGUCAAACGCAGCAAGCAGGAGCUCAAUGGGCAGCAGGUGUGGCCGGUUGCGCCCGGCGAGGUCCGGACGGCCCUGGACUAUGCGACGUAUGGCAAACGCACGCUGCGAGACGAUCUGACCAUGUUUCAUGUUGGCUUUCAGUGGCGCGAGGCGGCACUGCAGAUGCUACGAGCGCUGCAAACGACGUACUUCCCGGCGAUGCUUUUGGUGAUCUGCAUCGACGCUGUGUUUUUUAUUAUUAUGCAGUCAAUUGGCCAGACCAUUUCAUUCGCUCUUUUGGCCGCUGGUAUCCCUUAUGAGCUGAGCGGCUUGACGAUGCUCGUCGGCCUCGUCUCGUCAGUCGUGGUUUACCUGUUUGGCGGGCCGCUGGCCGAUAAGCUCACUCUCAAAAUAUCUCGUUUACGUGGCAAAACGAACCGCGAGCCUGAGUUCCAACUGCCCAACCUCAUCGUUCCGUUCAUCUCAUCCAUGGCAGGCUGCCUCAUUUUCGGCUGUGCCGUCCAGUUUCAUUGGCACAUUGCCCUCACGCUCUUGGGCAACGCCAUGCUUAUGAUAGGCAGCUUGACCGCCGCCACGGUGUUGAAGACAUUUAUUAUUGAGAGCUAUCCGCAGUGGCCCGGCCCCGUCCUGGUCAAUGUCAACACGCUGCGCACUGUCAUUAGCUUCGGCUUCUCGUCUCACGCCAGCUCCUGGGUGCAGCAGCGCGGCUACCUCUUUGUGUUUGGCGUCUAUGUGGCCGUACUGUUUGUCAUGGCCAUGUUCAUCCCCGUCUUUUUUGUGUUUGGCAAGAAGUUCCGGCAAUGGACAUCGGGCCGGAUUGCCAAGGAGGACGGGCUGACGUCGACGACAUUCGUCGGCAGCAGCAACGACGUCAGCCCCAAGACACCUGGCUCCUCGGGUGAGUCCUCUGGAGAGUCGUCGGUCGGUAGCACCACAGCUCUGAAUCGCCCUCGUCUGCCACGCUCGACCACCAUUGGCAGCAUCGACGGGACACUAAGCCGGACCACAACGACCGUCGAGACCAUGGAGCCGAGUGACGGUGUGUCCGAUGUAGGCCUAGGCAAAAGCAAGGUCAUGGCAUCGGUCACGGUGAAAGAAGAAGUUUGA